CGGCGUGCCCAGGCGCCGCGGCCACGAGGCGAUGGAGCAGGAGAAGUACUUGCCCGAGCUCAUGGCCGAGAAGGACAGCCUGGAUCCCUCCUUUGUUCACGCGAUGCGCCUCCUGGCAGACGAAAUUGAAAAAUUUCAGGGUUCUGAAGGCAAGAAGGAAGAUGAAGAAAAGAAAUACCUUGAUGUUAUCAGCAACAAAAACAUAAAGCUGUCAGAAAGAGUUCUGAUCCCUGUCAAACAAUAUCCUAAGUUCAAUUUUGUUGGGAAAUUGCUUGGACCAAGAGGGAACUCCCUGAAGAGGUUACAAGAAGAAACAGGUGCAAAAAUGUCCAUCCUCGGGAAAGGAUCCAUGAGGGAUAAAGCCAAGGAGGAAGAACUAAGGAAAAGUGGAGAAGCCAAGUACGCGCACUUGAGUGAUGAGCUUCACGUAUUAAUUGAAGUGUUCGCUCCACCUGGAGAGGCGUAUUCUCGUAUGAGUCAUGCCUUGGAAGAAAUCAAAAAAUUCCUCGUUCCUGAUUAUAACGAUGAAAUUCGCCAGGAACAGCUGAGAGAACUGUCAUAUUUGAAUGGUUCUGAGGAUUCAGCACGUGGACGGGGCAUUCGAGGAAGAGGGAUUCGUGUGCCACCUGCAGCUCCUUCAAGGGGACGUGGGGGUGCGAUUCCUCCUCCCCCACCUGGAAGAGGUGCCCAAGCACCCCGAGGAGCACCAGUGACCCGUGGAGCCCUCCCCGUCCCACCAGUGGCGAGGGGCGUCCCCACCCCUCGAGCAAGGGGCGCCCCCGCUGUCCCAGGCUACAGACCACCCCCGCCACCUGCACACGAGGCCUACGAGGAAUAUGGGUAUGAUGAUGGAUAUGGGGGUGAAUAUGAUGAACCAAGCUAUGAGGCAUAUGAUAACAGUUAUGCCACCCAAACACAAAGUGUGCCUGAAUAUUAUGACUAUGGUCACGGAACAAGUGAAGAAGCUUACGACAGCUACGCACAAGAAGAAUGGGCUACAACCCGUUCCAGCCUAAAGGCGCCACCUCCAAGGUCAGCCAGAGGGGGUUACAGGGAACACCCCUAUGGUAGAUAUUGAAGGUCCUCCUCAUCUGUGACCUCAUCUCAAAGACAAUUAAUAGCCUGUGGUCUCCACAUAAACAGCAACAAGACAAGUAAUAGUCCAUUUCUUUUCUAUCCUAGGGAUUACUGCUCAUUAUUAUCCUAUGUACUACUUGUAUUUCCUAUAACAUUGGAGUGACAUUGACAUUAGUAUUAUUUUAUAACACGGACUUAAAAAAACAGUGACAGAAAACCUUUGGCAAGCAUUGUCUAUAAACCAUUCAAAGAUGAUGUUCUGUUGGUUGUAUUCAUUGCUGUGUGUAACUUAAAAAGCAUGACACUGUUACAGAUCUUGAGUCUCUACAUACUAGCUGAGUUUUUGUUUAGGGUUGCUGAAAGACUGUAAUAUGAUUCUUUUUUUUCCCCUUUUUUUUUCUUUUGAACCAGACAAUAAUCAAGCUGUAGAUAAGAUGUUUUAACCUGUCUUCUUUAAUAUAUGUUAGUUUAGAUUAAGAUGUUCAAUAUUAAGUUUGUAAAUUUAAUUUUAAAUGCUGUUUUAAUGGGGUUGAAAACAAGCAGCUACUGUAUGUAUGUAGCUAACUGAAUUUGUUCAGUGUUUUAACCUGUAUUUGUUAAAAAAGAUCACAUAAAGUUCCAUGUGUAAGCUUCUCUAAAUAGGAAACCAUAAUUUUGUCAAAUAUGUUUGCCAUAAUUUGUCAAUAAAGCUGAAACCUUUUGUAACAAA